GAGCGCGAACACACCGCCGGUUCUCUCAACAUUUCCCCAGCCACCAGGAUAUCUACACAUAUUUCCUAACAUGGGAGGUUUGGUGCAAAGAUAGAUUUGUUAACCGAGGAGCCUCUGUACGUCGUGUUUCUUCAUUGGAGAGUCCUUUUCCUUUUUUUUCCUGCCUGGCGCUUGUUGAAACCGAAAGCCUUGCCGUGGAGCGGUUGUCACGCAGGCCGCGGAAGGGGUCUUGUUGCUGGGAGGAGACCGUCCACACUCGCCUCCCUCGCAGUUAGCAUUAUUAGCUGGCUAUGAUGCGUCGCUGCUGCUGGUGUGUUUUCUACACUGCAGGCCACUGUGAAGUGAGGCGGGUCCUUGGUUGAUUGUUUACCCUGAAGAAACGGAGGGGUGAUUUGGAAAAACACCACACCUAUCAAGGUAAUGAUGGAUGUUGAUCUGUGUGCUGGCGGGGACAGUAUCAGGAGAAAGGUGGAUUUGACUGGUGCUGCAGAAGGCACAAUGGACGUUGUACCAUUGGAGAUGUAUGACUCCGCCAGGGCAAAAAUAGCUGCCAACCUGCGGUGGCUUUUUGCUAAAGCCUAUGGAAUUGACCAUAUUCCAGAGGACCUGAGGGACCCGUUCUACACAGACCAGUACGACCAGGAACACAUAAAGCCUCCUGUCAUCCACCUGCUGCUGUCCUGCGAGCUCUACUGUCGUGUCUGUGCCCUCAUCCUCAAGACGGAGCAAGCUGCGUCUCUUCAGUCUCACCUGUCCGUCAUCCAGUCACUGUCCAGGAAGGGUAUAUAUGUCGUGGAAAGUGACGAUACACCGGUCACAGAUGAGGACCUGGCCUGUGUGCCAAUCAAAAUGAGUGCUCACAUGCCUAUGAUCGAUGCCCUAAUGAUGGCUUACACCGUGGAGAUGAUCAGCAUAGAGAAAGUGGUGGCUUCUGUCAAGCGCUUCUCCACCUUCAGUGCCUCCAAGGAGCUGCCGUUUGACUUGGAGGAUGCUAUGGUCUUCUGGAUCAACAAGGUGAACAUGAAGAUGAGGGAGAUGACAGAAAGGGAGCACAAAGUCAAGCACCACCCCCUCGAGUCACCGAGCCAUCAAAAGUCUCCCUCCAAAUGGUAUUGGAAGCUUGUCCCUGUGAGGUAUCGUAGGGAGCACGCGUCAGGCCGACAGCUGCCCUUCUUUCCACUGCUGGAAGACCUGAUGAGGGAUAUUUGUGACGGAGCUUCGAUGCUCACCGUGGUCCACUAUUACUGCCCAGACCUCAUGAAGCUGGAAGAUAUUUGCCUGAAGGAAGUGCCCUCCAUUGCUGAUAGCUUGUACAACAUCCAGCUACUCAGAGAGUUUGCCAAUGAGUAUCUGAAUAAAAGUUUCUAUCUGACGACAGAGGACAUGCUCUACUCGCCGCUGGUGCUCAAGCACAAUGUGAUGGUGUUCAUCGCUGAACUCUUCUGGUGGUUUGAGACGGUCAAGCCAGAGUUUGUCCAGCCCAGAGAUCUCCAAGAGUUCAAAGAUGCCCGAGCUAUGGCUCAGCCCAAGAGUGCCCGUCCAUCAGUGCCUAUCUCAAACGCCACCAAGCGCAGCUUCCUUGUGAGCCCAAGUGCGGCUGAUAACCAGAGCAGCCCGGAAGUCUGUAACAGGUACUUCCUGCACCCUGAAGAAACUGACCCCCUUAAAGGUGGUCCGACCUUCAGUCCGUCACACCCACUCCUGCCCCUCAGACAGAGGCAACAAAAACAGCAAGGAGAGGAUGGUGCAGGUCUCAGAAACCGCUCCAACUCUCUGACACAGAUGGACGGACAGACCCGGGGUUCUGUCACUGCUUGGCCCGACAAGAGACAGAGACCACUUUCCACACUUGGCCCCUUCCUGUUACACUCGGCCACAGACAGCGACGCAGACGUUGCAUCUGGAGACAGCGUGAGUCUGGCUCGUACCAUCAGUAAGGACAGCCUGGCUUCCAAUGUCGUCUCUGUCACACCCAAACACCAGACUCCUGCCUUCCAGCCUCAGCCGGCUGCGUUGCGCAAAGUCAACGGCCACAGCCUUCUGCAAAAUGUCAACAUUGAGGACGAGGAAGAAACUUUGGUGGCAGUUGCCAGGACUGAUAGUCCCGUCAUCCCAAAACGGGUUGAUGAGACUCAAGCAACUGCCCCUGUAGGACCUAAAGCUUCCAAACCUGCAACAGAUAGCUUUUACCUAGAACCACUGAUGCCUGCUGUGCUGAAGACAGCUAAAGAGAAGUCUGUUUGCCUGAACAAGGAGGAGGAGAGUGGUGAGGGGCCUCACUCCUCAGGAAGAGGCUCCCUACGCCGAGGAGAUGGAUCUACAUCGGCUGUUCGUAGGAAAGCUCCAUGCCAGUUGAACCAAACUUUUCCCCCAUCUGGUGAGGAGGAAGGUCUGUCAGAGGACUCUCCACAGGGUCAGGAAGGUUUCCAGCCCGUUGUUACCAGCAGUGUGGACCCCUCGUCCAGAGAGCCGGUGGGGGGAUUCUACCUGCAUUCAGAUAUUGAAGAACCAAAGUGUGGCCCAGACCUGGAUGCUGAGCUGCAAGACCUGGAUGAAGAAGACGAGGACCUGGAUGAAGCUGUUACUACUAAAGACCCAAACUGGCGCAGGAAAGCCUUAAACGGGGAGGAUGAAGAAGAAGAAUCAGCCAAACUCAAAGAGGACAUGAAUGUGAAAGAGCAUGAGGACAAAGACAUGAAUGGGGGCAGCGGCCGUUCGAGCCCAUGUCUCAGCGGUCACUCCCAGGCCAGUAGCAUGGCCAGUGGCAGUGUUCGCAUGACCUCCUUCGCUGAGCGUAAAGCCCAGCAGCAGCGCUUUGGCAGCAACCAUGACCUACGCUCCAGUGCCUCCAGCUCCCAGAGGACCACUCCUGAUGGAUCAGAAAGCAGCGGGCCGCUGGCCUCCUCCUGGAGGCUGAAAAGAGACCAGAGUCCAUCCUCACCGAUGGGAGGGAUUGGUCGAUCAGGCGAUGGUACUGGUGGUGCUAAUGUUCUGGCUUCUGAAAUCGUUCAGCUCCGAAUGCAACUGGAGGAGAAGCGACGUGCCAUUGAGCACCAGAAGAAGAAGAUGGAGGUGCUGUCAGCGAGGCAGAGGCAGAAGCUGGGAAAGGCGGCCUUCCUGAACAUCGUAAAGAAAGGUGGAGGCAGAAGCGACACGCUACCCAACCCGCUUAAAACUGACAUCUCUAAAGACGAGCUUGUUGGGGAGAAAGGACCAUCAAGCAAAGAUGAUCUGUGCGUAGCUGCCCUGAAGGGGGACAAAGAGGUGGAGGGACCCACCCCACCAGGUGCCUUAGAAUCAGACAAGAAAGGGAACAGUGGAAGCUUCUAUCUAGAAGAAGAGUUGGACCUGAAUGAGUGCAGCCGCUCUAUUGAGCUGCUUAACGACGCCAUUGGCAGCAUCCAGCAGCAGAUGAUGCAGCUGUCGAUGCAGCAGGAGAUGUUGAUGAAACAGAAUGUACAGUCUCCCCCUGGUGCAGCUCCUCCUCCUCCUCUCACCAGCGACAAAAACAGUGACUCUAAGACCGGGGCAAGCUUCCACUUCGUGGAACACCUCUCUGGCUCUGGCCCUGCCCCUACCAGGAAACCCCCCAAGUUGAGCUCAGGGCGGAGCUCCAGAUCCAAACCAUCAGAUCUUAAAAUAGCAAAGGAGCAGAGCCGACAGGCCUCCAGGACCCUCACCCCCACCCAGAGUGGCUCAGACACUUUACAACACUCAAGGCUGUUAGCUGGGGGCAGGUCCCCCAGGACAGAGCAGCCUGACAGCCACAGAAACCCUACAGCAGCAGAGACAAUCGACAAACCGGGCUCUGGCCACGUUCGGUCUGCCAACUUCCGGCUCCGCGAUGAGGCGAACAUGCGCCUACCAACCCGAGUGGACCUGACGCCGCUGGCAGCUCAAGAAGUGUCCUUUGAUGAGUGCCUGUCCAGCACCCUGAGAGAAUCUGAGCUAAACUCUUCAGACAGUUCAGGGAAAGAGUUCAUACCAUCAGAGGAGGCGCAACGCAGUAAAUCCCACCUCAUUGAGGUUGACAUUUCAGGACUGAAAGAUUCAGAGGGAGAGGAAACUGCUAAGGAUGGAACGACAGAAGGAGAUGAUGGAGAGCAGAAGUCAGUAAUGGGCUUCUUCUUCAAGGAUGAGCAGAAGGCAGAGGAUGAGCUGGCCAAGAAGAGAGCAGCGUUCUUGCUGAAGCAGCAGAAGAAAGCAGAAGAGGCUCGAGUCCGCAAACAACAACUAGAAGCAGAGUCUGAGCUCAAACGAGAUGAAGCCAGACGGAAGGCAGAAGAGGACCGUCUGCGUAAAGAGGACGAGAAAACCCGGCGGGAGCUGAUAAAGCAGGAGUAUCUGCGCAGGAAGCAGCAGGAGAUAUUUGAAGAACAAGGCCUGGUGAAGCCCAAAACUCCCAAACCGAAGCAAAAACACAGACCCAAGUCUGUCUUCAGAGAGGAAUCCUCCAGCGAUAAUUUCUCCAAGUGCUCUUCCACACCUGACAACCUGAGCAACGCCCAAUCAGGCUCCAGUCUGUCACUGGCCUCUGCCGCGACCAACGAGGCCGACAGCGUCAACUCCGGAGGGGCCGGAUCUCAGCGCUGUGACUCUGUGGAGUCGUUUCCAGGCAGCCGUAACAACAGUCGGACUGCAGAGAGAGACUGGGACAACGGCUCCACCGCGUCCUCCAUCACCUCCAUGGCUGAAUACACCGGUCCCAAACUUUUCAAGGAGCCCAGCGCCAAGUCCAAUAAGCCAAUCAUCCACAACGCAAUCUCCCACUGCUGCCUGGCCGGCAAAGUCAACGAGCCGCAGAAGAACCAGAUCCUUGAGGAGUUGGAGAAGUGCGAGUCCAACCACAUGAUGAUCCUGUUUCGGGACGGCGGCUGCCAGUUCCGGGCGCUCUACUCUUACUUCCCUGACACCGAGGAGAUCCAGAAGCUAACGGGAACAGGACCCAAGAGCAUCAGCAAGAAGAUGAUCGACAAGCUGUACAAGUACAGCUCGGACCGAAAGCAGUUCACCGUCAUCCCUGCCAAGACUGUGUCAGUCAGCGUGGACGCCCUGACCAUCCACAACCACCUGUGGCAGGCCAAGAGAGGCACAGUGCCAAAGAAAAGUGGGAAAUAGCAGGAGGCCAGAUUUAAACCCUCUUAUCAUCCACAUCAUUUCCCCCUCACCUUGCUUGUUUCAUGAAAAGACUGCAUUGAUGCCCACAGACAAGCUCAACGCCAUGCUCCACUUGGAAACCAAGUUUUGGACUGGCGGUCACCUGAAGGGAUGACCCAGGUUACAAACAAGGGAAAAGGUAUGUGUGUGUAUGUGUGUGUGUUUAUGUGUGUGGUCUAAAGGGCCGGUGCUUGCAGCAAAAAGAGGAAUACUGGCUGAGCUCGAAUUGCUUCUUCUUCCUGUGAUCUCAGUGCGAUAUGUUCAGGUUGCUUUCAGUCGGGGUCAGUUUUUUUUCUACGACCACAACUCAAGCAUGUGGGCAUUUUUUUUUCCCUCUCAUAUGUGGUGGAUGUUCAUUUUCUACAUGAAGUAUUUAUUGGUUCAGCACUGUCAUGAUCGAGAGCUCAGCUGCAGCACUAAACUCCUCCCCCCUUUAACGCCUCUCUGAAUCAGACUAAUUUGGACUAAAGGAGGGGGUCACCUAGGGGGGGAUUUCUGUCACUCUUUUCAGAACGAUCUGAAAACAAGGGACCUUUGUACCUCCCUUUAGGACUGUCAGACUGCUCCGUGGUCCAGACAAAACACAACAAUCUUCUUCCUACGUGGAUCGUCAAAUCAGGCUGGCAUUACCGAGUUUGCCUCUCCAGGGAUCACUAAAGACCUGCUGCUCAGAACUGUCUUCUUCUUUUGUCAUCGGGAGGCUCCUUACGUCUCCCAUAGACAUCCGUUGGCCUUUCACGCAUCGUGGUACUAUCAUCUAUUUAUUCAACUGCUUUUUAAACGCUGAUCGUGUAGCACUGGGUUUCUGUAUAGCAAUUUCUUUUUCUUUAAUGUUAACGCUUAUUUUAAAUGAUUUGGUUUGUCGAGGCAUCCUUUUUCUUAAGGGUGCCAAAAGAGGGUCAAUGGUAGGUUUUGGUACAAACAUGAUGCUUUUUUUGUUUUCUUUUCGCUUUUUUUUUUUUGAUGAUUAAAGCAACGUGAUAAUAGAGAUUGAGCUGAUGUUAUGUGUUUUCAUCAUAACGAGAUUUCUCUGAUGUUUAGAGCUUAGCUGUGUUUUCUCUCCACUGGGCACUCUAGAAUUGUCCUGUAUAAAGGUGCACUCAUGAACACUUGUCGACUGCUUCUGUCAUGCAAUGUAAACCCCCUCUCCUCCUCUUUCCACUCCUCCUCCUCCCUCCCUGAGUGUUUUGUCAGCCUGUCCUAUCUUUAACCAUGUGAGCAGCACACACACAUACACACACACACACACACACACACACACUCUUGUUGUGAAGAGUGUGUGUGUGCUGCUGCUGCUGCUGUUGUGCAACCGGUCCAAAUGACAGUAUUUGAUAUAUUCACAGAGGGGGGUUUCUGUGUGUGGUUCAAUUAUGUUCCAACAUUAAAGAACAUUCCUCCAAGGUGUUGACAAACACUGCCACAGCGUCUCUCUCUUCUCUCUGUCUUUUCAAAGUGCUUUUCUAAAACCAUUUGUUGGCCUCGAGAACAACCAGAAGUGUUGCACGAGCACUUUACUUUCUGUUUGUUUGGGGGAUUUUGACCUUUCUGAACGGGCAUCUAAACUAAUCAGUAACACUGCUGUUGUGCACUCUGUAAAUUGUGGAAACUAAAACCAAACGCUAAGAUUUCAAACUGACAUGUAAAAGCCGAAUGGCCUCCACAGAUAUGAUACUACUGCUGUCUCCAAAAACAAACAGAAUACUUGAUUUCUCAUGUGCUGCAUUUUGACUUGUUUCUGGGGUGGGGUUUGGUUCGUCAGAUCUGUAAUUGUAUGUGCAUUUAUUUUUAUGUUUACUAAAAGAUUGUAUCGGCAUUUGGUCACCACUUUUGUUACACUAGUGUACUUUUCAUCCUUGUUGAUUUUUAUCUUUGAUCCCAUGCCAUCUAUUUAUUUUCAAAAGUGGAAGCACUGAAAUGGAAUAAAUUUUCAAGUGAAUAAAAGUCACAUUUUUCAUUUUUA